AUGAGGUUUUGCGUUUUCGGUUUUUUAUCGUUAAUCUUGAUCGUCUCUCCCGUCUCCGCCUGGUUCUUCCCAAACUCCACCGCGAUUCCACCCUCUCUCCGCAACACAACCCGCGUUUUCUGGGACGCUUUCUCCAACUUCACCGGUUGUCACCACGGCCAAAACGUAGACGGUCUAAACCGCAUCAAGAAAUACUUCCAGCGUUUUGGUUACAUCCCCGAAACGUUUUCAACAAAUUUCACAGACGACUUCGAUGACGUCCUCAAAGCCGCCGUCGAGUUAUACCAAAAGAACUUCGGCCUCAACGUCACCGGAGAGCUCGACGCGUUAACGAUAAGACACAUCGUGAUCCCACGUUGCGGCAACCCCGACGUCGUCAACGGUACUUCGUUGAUGCACGGAGGGAGAAGAAAGACUUUCGAAGUCAACUUCUCCCCACGUCAUGGAGUGCGUUUGCACGCGGUUAAACGCUACACGCUCUUCCCCGGCGAGCCGCGGUGGCCGAGAGACCGGCGCGACUUGACCUACGCGUUUGACCCGAGCAACCCGUUGACGGACGAGGUCAAGGGCGUAUUCGCACGCGCGUUCGGGAGGUGGUCUGACGUGACGGCUUUGAACUUCACGCGCGUCGAGUCUUUCUCCACGUCGGACAUCACGAUCGGGUUCUACACCGGCGAUCACGGCGACGGAGAGCCUUUCGACGGCGUGUUGGGGACGUUGGCUCACGCUUUCUCGCCUCCGAGCGGGAAGUUCCACCUCGACGCGGACGAGAACUGGGUUGUCUCCGGCGACCUCGACAGUUUCCUCUCUGUGACGGCGGCGGUUGAUUUGGAGUCGGUGGCGGUUCAUGAGAUCGGUCAUCUUCUCGGUUUAGGGCAUUCUUCGGUUGAGGAAUCGAUUAUGUAUCCGACGAUCACGACGGGGAGGCGUAAAGUUGAUUUGACGAAUGAUGACGUAGAAGGAAUACAGUAUUUGUACGGUGCGAAUCCUAAUUUUAACGGCACGUCUCCGCCGUCGACGACCACCACCACCACGACUCGGCAACGAGAUACUACUACUGGUGGCUUUGGACCCUUUGGUGCCGCCGGGAGAAUCGACGGUUCGUCGAGGUUGACGAUUUUCAGUCUUUUGUUGUCAACCGUCGGAUUUUUCUUGUGGUUUUUACCGUAG